AUGCCGUGGGAUACUUUUUUGUCGAAGAAACCUAUUCCUGGAAAAAAUCAUCCUGAUGAUGAAAAACUCCUUGCUGAAGCCCGGGAGUGUAUAGGAGACUACAAACUGAAAGAAGACUUGAGUUACAAACCACCUCCACACCUCAGAGAAACAACAGUCAAGAAAUAUAAACAAGUACUGGAUGCCAGAUUGAAGCAAUAUGAUUUGAGACACAAUUUCAUACAAAAAGUGUGGGACAUACGAGAUUUGAAGUAUGUGGUGAGAGAUAGAUUGAUUAACUUGCGAAAUAAACUUUUAACGUUGAACGAAGACCUCCCAGAAAGUAUGCAUAAGUUCGGACCGAACAUACCUGAAAUAAGAAAGGAGGAAUUCCCUGAAGAAAAAUUAAAGGAAGUGAUUAUUCUACCCGUUGAUGAAGACACUGAACUAGUUGAUCAUCACACUCAAGAAUUUGUUGAGAAACCAGAUCAUCAUAAUGUACAAUGUCAGCUACUACCUAAGCGAUCAUAUUUUCCGAAAUUUUCUAAUGGAAAAUUUGUCAGUCCUUUAUCUGCUGGUGAAAUUGAGCAAGUACUUUCUUCAGACUUCGACAACUUACUUGAGUUUUCCGAAGAAAUUGAUACACCAAUGGAGAUGAACCUAAGAGUGAAAUGGUUGAAUAGGCAUGUGUACAAACUGGAUCAAACAGUAUCAAAAAUGGAGAAGGAAAUAGAAAAUUUCAACAACACCAUCGAGGAGACAAAAAAGGAAAGGUUACCUAUACACGUAGGAGGCAAUUUUAUUGACAUAUAUAUACUGACGUUGAAUCAGGAGCUCAACAUUUUAAAAAAUUUCGAAGAUGGGGAAGAUCAAUUGACACAAAAAGUGAUGGAUAAUCUGAAACUUGUACAUAAAUUGGAGGAUGAAAUUGAUAUGCUCAAAAAUAAAAAAGAAGAAAACGAGGUAAUAAUUGAAAAUUUCCAUACCAAUGAAAACAAGAUACAAGACAAAUUCAAGCAUGCCGCUGAAAACAAUAAAUAUUACGAUUUUUUGAAAAAAGUAUUUAGAAAAAAAUUCAAACCUCCCAAACAAGCCACCGAUGAGGAGUCAAGUUCAGAAUCGUCAUCUUCUAGUUCUGAGGAAUCUGAUUUCGAUGACAGUGCGAGUAUAGAUUCCAGAGAUUUUGGGGUUAUGAAACAAGAUUUGAACGUUUGUCCCAAAGGUUGCGAAUUAGCCAUCUUCAAUUUGACAGUAGAAUUACGUUCAAAAAGGCAUGAAAUAGAGCAGUCUAUCAGAGAACAAACCAGGAUUUUGGAUACUGUUAAAAAAGAUAUAGAGAUGGGCUCUAGGAGAUUGAAUGUUUUACAAAACCAGUUGCAAACCAGUCAAAUGGAGUUGGAAAGCUACCAGAGAGAAAAACAAAUACUGAUGAAUCAGGUCAGUUGUACAGUUGUUUUAACUCUGGAUCAAACCUACAAUUAUAAUCCGGAGUAUGAUGAAAUCUCAAAGUACGUGGUAUUUUCUAAAAGUACUUUGUCUGAUUUGUACAAAAGAGUUGGUGUUUUACAGUCCGAAAAUUUGCAACAAAGUACUAAAUAUGAAUCGUAUCACAAACAUUUGACGAGGAUGAAAAAAGAUUUGAGAUACAUGGAGGGAAAAAUAAAGGAUUUAAAAAUGUAUAUGCAGAAAUCCAUGUUAGAAAAAUUUGGAAAACUCGUGGAUAUUGAUGAAAUAACGAUGGCGAUUAUUCAAAGAACUUUUCACAAAUCGCACGUUGAUGAAAUGGAAGAAAUUGUUUUGAAAAGUAGAGUAUAUGAUAUCAGAAUGAAAAAUACAGAUAUAAAAAGCAUGUACAUUGCUGAACUGACCCAUUGGAAUAGUAAAAUAUCGAACGCUCUUGGUGAACUGGCAGAAGUUAUAAAAGAAAAUACAAAACGUUUAGAUCUUCUUCACGUCAUGAAUAAAGAAAAGAAAGAACUUGUUAAAAUAAUCACGAUGCAACCUAAAAGAAUAGAGCAAAUCGACAAAAUUCUCGAGACGCACUCCCAUUAUUUGAAAGAGAUAAAAAAACUACAAAAAAUAAUUGAAGAUCAAUGCUCCCAACUCCAGGAUCUCAAGGUCGAAAUCAAAAUGUUGAAAACGAAAGGAUUGCCCCCCAAAACCGAAAUCAAGGCUGAGUUUGAGUCUACUCUAAUGAAAAAGCGAGAAGUAGUAGAAAAGGGUACUAAAGAAUGGAUUGAUUAUGAUAAGUAUAUCGAAAGAGAAGACGAUAUCUUUCCGGAAAAGAGAGUACAAGAAAUUGAUAUACCAGGCUUAUUGUAA